AUGAUGUGGGAAAAAGAGAAUGCUUUUAUUUUUGAAGAAGCAAGUCAAUUUGAUUUUUGGGGAAAACAAUUUCCUUUUGAAGAUGAUGCAUAUGAAAUGUAUAAUGAGUAUGCUUUUAUGAAAGGUUUUGGUAUCAGAGUUAGGAGUAGUAAGAGGAACAUGUCUGAAAGUGUAGAGCAUUGUUCUUCUUCUGUCACUACUGAAGAUAGGAAUGUAAGAAUUUUCAAAACACCCACUCAGCCUUUGCUUCCUAAAAUAUAUUAUAAUUCUGGAGGUUAUAAAGAGUAUACUCCAUGUUGUUCUUCUGAAAACAAACCUUUUCUUGGUAUGAUAUUUGAUUCUCUUCAAGAUGGUAUUGCCUUUUAUUACAAAUAUGCUAAUGAGUGUGGAUUUAAAGUCCGUUCUAGUACUACUAAAUCACAAAAGAAUAAGGAUGAUCCUACUGGGGCUGUUAUGUCUUAUAGGAUCAUGAAAGAACUUUGUGGUGGGUUUCAAAAUGUCAUGGGCAGUAAAAAUGAUUUCAAAAUUUUUUCUAGGGACUUGAAAGUUUAUAUCUCUAAUGCUGAUGGUGCGACGUUUGUUCAGAACCUUGAACGUAAAGUGAAAACCAGUAAAGGGGGUUAUUUUUUUGAUUACUGUGUUGAUGAAAGUAGGCAUUUGACCUGUGUCUUUUGGGCUGAUGUUAUUGGUAGAAGAGAUUAUCAAUUAUUUGGGGACUCUUUAUCUUUUGAUUCCACCUAUGAUACAAAUAAAUAUUCAUUGAUUUUCUGUCCUUUUACUGGUGUUGAUAAUCACAAGAGAUGUGUUACAUUUUGUGCUGCUUUAUUUUCUAAAGAAGACAUAGAUUCCUUUGUGUGGCUAUUUCAAAAUUUUUUGAAGUGUAUGGGAAGAGAACCUUCUUGUAUUAUCACUGAUCAAUAUCCUGCAAUGGGUAUUGCUAUAGAAAAGGUUUUUACCAAGACUAAACAUAGGCUGUGUAUGUGGCACAUAAUGAGGAAGGUACCUGAAAAGGUUGGAACUGAUUUUUGUAAAGAAACUGAUUUCCUGAAAAAGCUAAGUGCAGUAGUUUGGGAUAGAGAGAUUGUCCUCAUGGACUUAUUUAUGGGUGGGUUACUGCGUUCUACAUCUAGGUCCGAAGGUGAGAAUAGUUUCUUUUGUAACUUUACAAACCCUCAUGUGACCUGUGUUGAAUUCUUUAUCCGUUAUGAAACUGCGCUUGAUGCUCAAAGGCAUGAACAAGAUGAGUUGUACAUGCUUAAUAAACUUGAGCCUCAAUUGGUUACUAAUUUACACUUGGAAAAGCAUGCUGCUGAUAUUUAUACUCGUGCCAUAUUUUAUGAUUUUCAAGAAGAAUGCCAGGGAGCCUGUUUUUCAUGUGGAGUUGAAAGUUGUAGUUCUUUGUAUGGAGACUGUGUGGAGUUUUCUGUUAUUGUUGAUCAUGAGAAAAGGAAAAAUUUUGAUGUUAAUUUUGAUUUGAUAACAUAUGAGUCAAGUUGUACUUGUAGAAUGUUUGAGAGUCAAGGUGUUUUAUGUAGACACAUUUUGUUUGUUAUGAAAGGCAAGUGUGUACGUGAAAUUCCUGAUGCUUACAUCUUGAAUCGUUGGAGAAAAGAUGUUUUGAAGAAAGCUUCUGUCAUAGAUGUUGCUCUAGAUGAUGCUUCUAAGUAUGAUAAGAAGAAGCAAUUGGUCAGUGAUGUAUGGUCCAAGAUUUUCAGUUGUGUCAGUUUAACUAACCAAUCUGAGGAUGAUUUAUCUGAGUUUAUUAAGACAUUAUCUUCAUUUGAGGAGCAGAUGAUAGCAAAGAAUAAUCAUGAAAAUGCACCUAGUUCAAAAGAGGUGAAAGAUGCUAAUAUUCAGGUUUUGGUUGGGUCAAAUGAAGUUGAUGUGAAUGUCUUUCCCCCAACUCAGUGUCUUUAUAAGGGUUCUGCCAGAAGUUCAAAGAGGUUGAAGAGUGCAAAAGAAAUAGCUACUGAAGAAAAAUCUAAAAAAGGCAGAACUUGUAGAGCUUGUGGGCAAUCUGGUGUUUCCCAUGACAGUAGAAACUGUCCAAACAAGUAG